AUGACUGAUUUGCGCCUUGUGUGGACUCAGAAGCAAUACGUGAGACAAAAACCCAACCUGGUGGUGAAUCAGACCCCACAAAACGUCAGCAGAAAAGCCGGGGGAAAUGUCACAAUUACGUGCAAUUUUAGCAGAGUUGACAAUCUCAAUUUGGUGAAAGUGAAAUGGUACAAAGACAAACAGGAGCUCAGGAACCCAAAACACUCUGAGAAAUUUAAGCAGAGAGUGCUUCUUAAACUGGUGAAUGUAACUCUGGAGGAUUCGGGAAACUAUGUAUGCACGAUCAGGAUCAGAAAUCGAACGGGAUCAGGAAACGGAACGCGGGUUCACGUCACUAGACGUGAGAAGCCAUCACAGAACAUCAAGGUCAGUGGUGACGGCAGACAACCAGGCUCACCCCAAGAAAAUACCGGGGGCGGAAUCGGAAUCCCUGUGGGGGUUGGAGUAGCCGUGGGCACCCUCAUCUUCUUGCUGCUUCUGGGCGCCGUGUUGUGGAGAUCAAAGAGGAAGAAUAAAGGAGCUUCAGAAAACCCCUCGGAGGCCGAGCCUGCUGCAAGCAAAGAAGCUAGGAAGCACACUUCUUUGACCAAACAAGUGAGCGAUGUGACUUACGCUGACAUCAGAUUCCACAAAAGGGAAGUUCCACCAGAUGCUGAGGUUGUGUAUGCAGAAGUGAGACUGGGUGCAAAACGGCCUGAGAACAGAGACAGAGGGACUCAGCCUGCAGGCCUUCACUGAGAAAAGAGGAG